AUGGAAGCAAAUCACGACCAUGAGCUUCCACUCUUACAAGGACAGGCCAAUGGUGCAUCCAACAAUACCAACGCUACCAACACCAACAAUAGUGUUGGCGAGGAUGAUUUGAUUGAGUCUGAGCUUGGGUCUGAGAUUGACCAUGUCAUAGGAGCAGUUGUUGACUCCAAAGAAAAGAAGAAAGAGAAGCAACGUGAGCACACAAAACAGCAUAACAGAAAGCGGAAACAAGAAAAUAUUGAAAAAAUGCCUUGGAGCAAAGCGUGUUGCUUUUUCAUUCUACAGUACUUUGAAACAAGCAAUGGAGACUGUCCCAGAUGA